AUGGCCGACGCCGUGGCCCAGACACCUCCCGCCCUCCACGCGCCGUCGGACAAGGAGAGGAAGUAUGAUCGUCAGUUGAGGCUCUGGGCAGCCUCGGGCCAGGCCGCCCUCGAGUCCGCCAACAUCCUCCUCGUCAACUCUGGCUGCGGCACGGUUGGCGUCGAGACGCUCAAGAACCUCGUGCUCCCUGGCAUCGGCCGCUUCACCAUCGCCGAUGAGGCCGUAGUCGGUGAUGGCGACCUCGGCGUCAACUUCUUCCUCGACGAAUCUUGUCGGGGUAAGUCGCGUGCACGGUGCUGCACACGCCUUCUGCAGGAGCUCAACCCAGAAGUCAGCGGUGACUGGCAUCCCAAGUCCGACUCUCCUAUGCACCUACGAGGCCUACUUGACUCGUCGGAUGCAUUCACAAUCAUCCUGUAUACGCUGCCCCUGAAGAUGGAUCAAGUCGACAUCCUCACGGCGUACGCUCGAGAACAUCACAUCCCGCUGAUUGCCGUCCACUCCGUGGGCUUCUACUCAUACUUCAGCACUCGCCUACCUGGCACAUUCCCCGUCGUCGAAACACAUCCCGAGGAGGCUGCCAACGCUGAUCUGAGACUCCUCAACCCUUGGCCAGAGCUGGCCGAAUUUGCGAGUGACAUGACCAGGGACAUGGACAGCCUCGACGACCAUGACCACGGCCACUUACCGCUGGUUGUCAUCCUGCUUCACUAUUUGUCCGUAUGGAGGAAGAGUCAUGGCAAUUUCAAUCCCACAUCGUACGAAGACAAGGUUGCAUUUCGUGGCUUGAUUGCAGAAGCCAUGCGGAGAAACAACCCCGAGGGAGGCGAGGAGAACUUCGACGAGGCCGUCGCCGCUGUCAUGAAGCUCGUCACCUCGCAUCCUCUACCCGGCUCAUUGCGGCAAGUAUUCGACCACCGAGACCAGUCCGAGGACCAGUGCCAGUCCACUUUCUGGACCAUUGCCCAAGCCGUCAAGCAAUUCUACGAAAAAUACCAAGAGCUACCCCUAGCAGGCGCUCUCCCCGACAUGAAGGCCAAAUCGGACGUCUAUGUCAAGCUCCAGUGCCUUUACAAGGACAAGGCUCGUCGAGAUGCUCUUCAAGUAUUUGCCACAGUGCGUGCGAUGACGGGCGGAGAUCAAGUUGAACUUACCGAGGUGGAGCUCUUUUGCAAGAACGCGAGGUUCAUCAAGCUUGUCAACGCGGUCGAGGGGCCCAGCAUGGAGCAGGUGAUUGAGAGCGAGCUUGCCAACGACGAAGCUGCGGCCAUUCCUGGUGUCGAGAUGCCAAGGUCCCUGAUGCCCCUUUACAUGGCCCUGACUGCCACAUCAAACGUUGCGACUGCCACGGCGGAGGAGAUUGUUGCUUCCAUUGCCCAGCGAGCACCAGCCCUUGCUAAGAACGACAGGGUUGCGCAGGUGGCCGAGGAGGUGUCGAGAGCUGCCGGCGGGGAGUUGCACAAUAUCUCAGCGAUGACGGGGGGCAUGGUGGCACAGGAAGUGAUCAAGGUCAUCACUAGACAAUACAUCCCCAUCGAAAAUACGUGUGUAUUGGAUGGUAUAGAAAGUCGAUGCCAGGUUCUCCGUCUGUGA